UUGGCUGGCCACCGAAGAUCAAACUGAAAGCUUAUUCAACAUCUGCAAAAAUUUAACAGACAAGACCACCGAUUAACACCACAGUGGAGCAACUGUGAAUAAAUUGAAACCGGGGAGAGCUCGUUUCUAGGAUCCGAGGGCAAGAAGCAUCAUGGUGCCCUACGUCCUUGGCCACCUGAAACAUAUUUGGUUGAGCCUGGUUCAGAAAGACAACCGGUAAUUACUAUCAUCUUUGAACAUCCACGGUGGAUGCUCGCAAUCUCCCCAAGACAAGUCCUGGCUAUUCGGAGAAGACCUUGUUUCCAGAAAUAUAUGUCGCCUGUACAUAAUAUGAGAAGCCGGUUUUUGAAAAGGGAGGAACCCGUUUGUGAUAUCUAAGGAUCUAGAACCUAGACGGACCCAACGUUCUGUGCUGUCCUACUAGACUAGAGCGAGGAAAACAGUUGUUGCGAAUUCAGUUCUUCGUCGGAUUGAAGAUGUCUCGGUCGAGAACCGCCGUCAUUAUUGACAAUGGGUCAGGACUCUGCAAAGCGGGUUUUUCUGGAGAAGAGGCUCCCAGGACCAUGGUGGCUACGAUUGUCGGCUACCCAAAGACCCACGCAAUCAUGUUUGGCCCCGUUCAGAGAACGUCUUACGUCGGCAAGGAAGCCCAAGCCAAAAGAGGAAUCUUAUCUUUUAAAUACCCAGUGGAACAUGGGAUAGUGACCUCCUGGGAUGAUAUGGAGAAGAUCUGGAGAUACAUCUACAGGCAUGGUCUCAAGGUAAGAGCCAAGGAGAGGCCGGUGCUGUUGACCGAAGCACCCAUGAACCCAACGGCAAACCGAGAGAAGAUGACAGAGAUUAUGUUUGAGCAUUUCCAAGUCCCAGCGAUGUUUGUAGGCCUUCAAGCUUUGAUGGCCUUGUACGCUUCUGCUCGUACCACAGGGUUGGUUUUAGAUAGCGGUGCCGGAGUCACUUUGACUGUCCCCAUCUACAAAGGCCACUGCUUGCUCCAUGCCAUCUCCAGGAUGAAUUUCGCGGGGCGUGAUAUCACCAGGUAUCUCUCGACCCUCCUGUUGGAGAGCGGGCAUAACUUCCUGAGCUCUGCCGAGAAGGAGAUUGUGAAGAACAUCAAGGAGAACCUGUGCUACGUGGCUCUGGAUUCAAGUCGCCCGAAAGACAAAGUGUCCGUCCGCGAAUACACACUCCCGGAUGGCAGGCCUGUCGAGAUCGGAGACCAGCUCUUCCGAGCUCCCGAAUCCCUUUUUAACCCGACGGAUGCUGGCGUUACGGCACCGGGGAUCCACCAAAUGAUCGCCGAGACCAUCUCCAAAUGUGAAGGAAGCAUCCGCCAGGACCUCUGGAGAAGCCUUAUCGUAGCGGGAGGAUCUACCCUGUUUCCAGGUCUCUGCGAACGUCUUCUCAAAGAGCUAAGAAGUCUAGGCCCUCAGGGCCUGCCGACCAAACUGGAAGCUCCGGCGAACCGGAUACAUUCCGUCUGGAUUGGCGCGUCGGUCCUCACCAGCUUGCCUUCUUUUCAGGACAUGUGGGUCACGCAGCGAGAAUACAGAGAGGUUGGCUCCACGGUGCUGCAGAAGAAAUGCUUCUGAGAAGAAUAAAUGGGGCAAUUAUGAAAGGCCCCCCCUCCUCAUCCCACCUUCCAAAAGAAAAAAAAAUUGAUUGGAAAUGCUGGCGAGGGGCUAGUAAACCUUUCCACAAAAAACAG